AUGGCUCAUGCAACUACAUCUACUGACAGAGACUUCUGGCAGGCUCGCUUUGAGACAGGGGUGGUGGAAGCAGCUCAGAACUACCGCGAAGAAGUCCUAGCAGUUCGCAACUGCCUGAUUGAGAGCGAGACAGAAGCGGCCAAGGCGCGUCAAGGAUUUCACGAGGAGUUCGAACACAUGAAACGGCAGGUCGAGCCUGUGAAGGCCAAAUUAGAGGAGGUAUGUGCAGAGAAUUCAGCAUUAAUUCGUCAAGGCCACCGGCUUCAAGAGCAGCUUGUCGAGUCGUUGCGAGAGGCAUCCCGUGGUGGAGACAGGCUGCUUGAGUCGUGGGAGAGGUGCAGUUCAGCCAAGCAAGAGAUUGCUUGUCUCAAGCAAGAGCUGGCACAAGCUCGUGAGGAUGUCGCAGAAGUUACCGAAGCCUUGGCGGAGGAACAAUCGCAGGCCUCUGACCUUCGUUGCCGCAUGCGACAGUUGGGGCUUAUGCCACCUCUUGGAGGGCAUGUCGGGCACGUGCCAGAAGUAUGUGCACCUUUCGAGGUAUGUGAGCCUCAGGCAUCUGAUAUUCUGAAGACGGGGUUGAUGGCCUUGACAGAUUCAGAGGGUCAAAGCGAGCGCGCACAAGCUCCUCAUUGGCAUUUGCAUUGCAUCGCUGCCACAUGCUUGCUUGAUAUUCUUGGUGCAUGGGACACUCGCUUCGUAUCAGGUGGCCGUGCUCGGCUCAAUGAUAUGAACGCUUUUGACAACCGUCCAAUGCAAAGCCAACGGCAUCCAGAUUUUGUUCAAGGUUUGUCUCACACCUCGUCCCUUGCAAUGCAAUGGAAGACGGCGGCGUGGUUUCGAUAG